AUGAUUGAUGUGGAAAGCAAAAACUUAUUUUGUGUAACUGCUAGUGGGUAUGGCCUUAGAGAGACUCUAUUUUAUAAUCUUUUUUCACGUCUGCAAGUAUAUAGAACAAGGGCCGAAAUGUUACUUGCUCUUCCCUUAAUAAGUGAUGGAGCUCUUUCUUUGGAUGGUGGAAUCAUCAGAAGCACUGGUGUCUUCUACCUUGGCAAUCGGCAAGAUAUAGAUGUGAGAUUUGCAAAAUCCUGUGGGAUGUUAAACAAACCUGAUUACUAUGCUGCAACUGAGAAGCAGAUCCAGGAGAUGAAAUGGAAAAAAGAAAAUUUGAUGGAUGAUUUGAAGAGAGAAACUUCACUAUGGAAGGCUGCAAAAGAUAGUUUUGAAAGAAAGAAGGAACAGUUGCUCAAGUUUUUGGCGGAUAGCGCAACCUAUGCAAGCCAGAUGCAGGCUGCGCAAGGAAAGUUUACGCCGCGAUGAUUUUGACAACAAACAAAGUCUACUCUUUAGCAACAUAAAAAUGGGGUAAUCUUUCAGAUUUACUGUGAAGUUGAAAUUUUUAAUUAGAUCAUUGUACUCAAUACUCAUUGUAUAGCGAUGGGCAGAGUUUUGUCCCUAACCGAGCAAGAUUGAGUAAUGGCUUUUCUGGGAUUCAAGUUGUGAAAUGGGAUUUAGGUGUUUUAGGUUUUGGUUGGCCUUCAGAAUUUAUGUAGGAAAACUACUACAAUUCAUGAUUGUCCAAUGAUGGCAAAUGUGCACUGAGGAAAAACCAAGAAAUGAAUUUUCAAUUUUCUUUAAUGGAUGCACAUUUUAGUUAUUUUGUACA